UCUCCCUCUGCCUGCUCAGUCGCAGACAGGAACCCCCCUUUCUCCCCACUGUCCCAUGUUGCUGUUGUUGUGUAGUUAGUUCUGUGUAGCUUUUAGGAACACACGAGUGAACAUGUAGAAAUGGAUUUGAUGAAACUGUUUGGCGCCGUUAUCGCUGUUUUGUUCCACCCGGGAUCCGCAUCUAAAUUAAACGGUCAAAGGAUCUGCCGCCGGGGAACAGAGCGCCCAUGCUACAAAGUGUCCUACAUCCAUGACAGCAGGCAGAGGCUCACCUUCGAGGAUGCCCGCCAGGCCUGCAGGUUGGACGGUGGUGAGCUGCUCAGCAUCGAGACGGAGAGCGAGCAACAACUGAUAGAGAGGUUCAUACAGCAGCUGCAGGCUGGAGAUGGAGAUUUCUGGAUUGGUUUGCGCAGGAACCCACAGCGCUUAAGAGUUGGGACCAUCAACCCAGGUUGCCCAUCACAGUACUACUGGUUGGAUGGAAGCAGGGCCAAGUUCAGAAACUGGCACUGGGAUGAACCAUCCUGUGGUGGUGAUAUGUGUGUGGUUCUGUACCACCAGCCUUCUGCACCACCUGAUGAAGAAGGUCAUUUCCUGUUCCAGUGGAAUGAUGAGAACUGCAACUCCAAGAACAACUUUGUCUGCAAAUACACAGAAGACAAAGUUGUGGCGUUUACUGAAGCGGCAAAUACAGUUCCAUCACAAAGGCCAAACCCUCUGUCAACAACAGACAGCAACGAGAAGAUAAAAAUAGGACUACCUGAAUCAUCAGUGUCCCUGUCAGACAAUACGCUGUAUGUCUCCUACAUCCUCUGUGCCACUAUUCCAAUUCUGUUGCUGCUGCUUCUGAUUUCCACUGGAUUCCUCUGCUACAAAGUGGUUGCAAAGAGGAGGAAGACAGAAUCAGACUGCUAUGCAAAUGGACAUGAAACAUUCAUCUCAACAACGGAGGCACCAAGCGCCAUACAAGGGCCAUAUGCCUUCAGUGACAUCACCAAGUUUCAUCAAACUGCACCGGGCAGCAGCAUGUCAGCUGACAAAAAGAAAACAGAUUUCUGUGCUUCCUCAUUGGACACCCAGUGUAAUGAUUAUGAGAAUGUGUCAUGUCCUGAGAGAGAGAGUGGCUUUGUUACCAAUGACAUCUACGAGACGUGCAGAGAACAUAGCCGUCACCACCGCAGUCAGGCUGGCUGGGUGGAAAAUGAGAUCUAUGGAUAAUAUUUCUGACACUAGAUGGUCUCUGAGCACCUUGGACCAACUCUUACCCACUAACUAUGUAAUAUGAUCGCCUGGACACCAGAAUUACUUCUUUUUUUUACUCCCUAUUUUUUCUUCAUUCGUAUCAUGCAGCUUUGUUGUAUAGAGUAGGUACACUCCCAUGUGUGCCCCAGCCUGGAUAUAAUUGAUUUGUACAUAGACCUAUUACCUGGUGAGUUAACCGUACAUGAGCGUUUGGCUUGUAAGGCCCCACCUAGCUCAGGCUUUGGCAGGUUAAAGUUGGAGGUAUGAAGAUUAAAUUAAUUUUAUAGCUAUUUGAGAAUGUUCACUGUUGUCCAGGUCAAAGUUGCACAGUUCAAGAAAUGAAACAACUUCAAAUUUAUGAGGAUGUCUUUGGGCCUGAAAUAACCAAAAACAGGCUUGUUCAGUUCGGUAUGAAAGUGAGUAAGUGGCGCUUUUGGCGUGCCGGAUCGCUCAUUUAACCCCCACCCCUCGAGAAUAAGUGCAAGUUUCGAAGAGUCAAGCAAGGUUACUCAUCUUGUACUCAUCAAAAAGUCUACCACUCAGGCCUUGUACAAUCACGCCAUCUGACGUUAUGAGACCAAAAAAACAAAACAAAGAGAUCAUGUAGGCUUUCUUUUGACUUGGACAUGUCCUUAGGAUCCAUUAUGACUCUUUCUCUGAGCCAACACAGCAAGGUUAGGAUGGUGUCAUCUCGGUUUGGCGCUUCCUGUUUGGAAACUGACGGCAGGAAACAGGACAGUAUACAGGGAAAAUAAAAUCUGAUGACAGAAUACCAGUGACCCCAGCAAACCUCCCAGCUGUGGGCUUUUCCCAACUCCACCUGACUGUGUGGGAGAAUCAUCCCUCCUUCAUGGGAGUGUCCAGUUUUGAUCAUGACACUGAUUCAUUCACUACUAUUGUUCUCAUGCAGCAGUGCACAAUAUUGUUGUUAAAUGAAUACUAUGGUAUUUUAAACAUGCUAAAUUAUCAUAGCAUUAUGUACUAAGCUAAACACAGAUAUCCACAAUGUUUCUACAGAGUGGACCGUAGGUCAGUGUCAUGGAAAGGCAUAGCAAGCCCAGUAAGGAGAGGCUGAGUGAGUGAGUUUUUGGAGGAUGUAAGACAGGAAAUGCCAAAAGCACAUCUGGAACUCUUACAUUCAGGAAGUCUAUGCGUGACAGCAGAGGCCUUAAGAGUACUGGCCUGCCUGCCAGUUUAGCACUGCACAGUCUUCUGUGUUAGACUUAAGAGAACAUCUGCUGGACCUGAGCGUGUAUAAUAUUGCAGACGUAACAACAAAUGGGGGGGGGGGGUAAACAUAUGGUUGUAAAUGAAAUUUGUAAAACGUGAUUUUGUUGCUUACUCAAUAAAAUGAUG